GCGGCGAAGUUUUGCCGAGGGCACGGUGAUGUGGAGUGCACUUUUGGGCCAAAGGGCAAGCGAGCGCAGCCAAAUGGCCCGCAGAGGUGCUUGUUCUGCGACCCAGACCGCUUGACCGCAGCGCUGGAGGAUGCUGAGUCUGCCCCGGCUGUGGCGAAGCGCUUCAAGCAGCUGUCCCCGGAGCAAAGCGAAGUGGCCCUGCAACGGGUCACCGACGCAAGCCUCAGGCAACAGCUGCAACAAGCAGCCCAACAGAAGGCGGCCAAAUAUUGCCAGGGCUAUGGUCGCACAGCUUGCACAUUCGGGGCGAACGGGCAGGCAGCCCAACCCAAUGGCCCGGCGACGUGCAUUUUUUGCGACCCGCAGCGCCUCAACGACGCCUUUUUGGAUGGGUCGGCAAGCCUGGCACUGAAGAAGCGCUUUGCGCGUUCGUCAGCGGAGCAAAGACCUGCAGUGCUCCAGCGGGUCACAGACCCAGGCUUCAGAGAAUGGCUACAAGGCACAGGGCCCGCGCCAGCACAGCGGGUGUCUCAAGUGGGCCCGGAAGUGCGGCAGGUAGCGGCCGUCAAACACCAACUGGCCCGCACAGAACCUCCUUACGACGAGGCCGCUCUGGAAGCACUCUACGAGAAGGGCAGAGCCAUGUGGGCCGAGGCGCUGGACAUGAGGCAGCUAGCAGGCGCCCCGCUCCGAACAGACGCGGCCUUCAGGGAGCGCGUCGUCGAAGACCGCAAGAAGGCCUUGAACAUGCUGGGCAUUGCGGCGGAGCGGCUGCCACGCGGCCGGGAAGUGGAUAACAGGGAUCCGUUGCCACGAGCGCGGAGCACAGAGCAGGCUGCGGCGCUGCAGUUCUGGGCCGAAUUCAACUCCUGGGGCGUAUGCUCACAGUGCAAGGCACUGCAGCCACGAGAGUUGACACCUCAGAGCAUGGAGAAAGUGCUGAGCCCGUGGAUUGCGAAGUCUGGGUGCAUCUUUUGCCGUAACCAGCGGCGACCUCCCCAAGUGCCCGGGCACGCAGACUUCGUGAAGCAGGUGACUCCCGAGAUCCUGGCCGCGCUGCGCCCGGUGGAGUGCGACUUUGGGCCUUUCCAGGUGUCGAAAGACAAAUUUGGGCGGGGCAAUGGCUACAGAGUGAAGUCCGCUUUGGUGACAUUUGCCUGGGCAGAAAAGCCGGUGGAAGAGCGCGUGCAGGCGCUGCCGCGGCCGGAGGCCGCCCUCGCGAACAGAGUGCUGGAAUGGCUGUGGGAACACUCAGGUCCAGGCCCAGGCGAGUCUGCGUAUGGCCAGUACUGGGAGGCCCAUGAUGCAUUUUUGCAGGCCAACCCGCAGGCAGACCGGCGGCAGCGCAAAAGAUGGCUGCGCUUCCUGGAGGGCGAGGGCCUGGAGUGCGCGCUGUGGCCGCACUUGUUUCUUCGAAGAGACAUGUGUUUGACGUGGGCCCGCUUGCAGUCUACCAGCCGGCAAAGCCGUGGCUCACACAAGUCGACAUUGGAGCAACGAGCCCGGGGGCAGGCAGCCGACGAAGAGGAGGAGGUAGCUGCGGAUGUGACGGGCACAAAGCGAAGCUACAUGGCUCUCGUUUUAUCCCCUGUCCUGGAUUUUUCCUUUUCCUACGAGCUUUUGCAUUUUGCUUUCGACCUGAACUUGUGGACAGCGCUCGGAUCGAAGAGGAAUUUGCAUCUAGGAGUUCCCAUGAGGCUUCUGUUGAAAGGACACCCUUUUACCUCUGCCUACUGGAGAGACAUGCACCGGGGACUGGUUGACCUCAUCCGACAAAAGGGAUACCCGCCGGUAUUCUCGACGCAAAGCCCCUUCGAAUGGUGCACGCCGAACCACUGCUGCAUCGUGGAUGGCCUGGCGAAGAUGGGCGCAG